CUAAUGGUUGCAUGUCUGUCACGGCAUAUCAUGGAAAUGGGAAAUAUUGGGAUACCUGGGGCAUGCUCAUGGGUAUGAGCUCGAUGCCAAUAGCAUAUAAAUUGCAAAGCUUUUGAAUAUGAAUCAUAAGAUGACAUUAACACAUUCUGACUACUUGCUACUGUUGGUUCCAUCACAUAUUGACUACUGCUAUUUGGUACUGUUGGUUCCAACACCGCUCAUUCUAUGGCUGACAUUUCUCGUCGCAAAUCAUUACCAAGAACACCAAUAUUGUUAUUCACAGCAUCAGCACAAUCAAUCAAUACUCGCAGCCGUCGCACCCGGACUAGCGGACGGAUACCCUCGACACCCACUCAGUUCAAUCACAUCGACGCCAAGCCGUUUUGCAAUCUUCAUCAUAACCAACACAGCGUCGCAAUGCAACCCACAAGCCCACCAACCAACCCUUGAUCCAAGCAACAAAUCCCGGGCCCCAUUUCAUCAACGACCCGUUGCUAGUCGCGGAACCUAGGAACAAUACAAUCAGCACCACAG